UCACAUGAAACCAAUUUACCUUGAAAAAGACGAAGAAAAAUCUUGCGUCUUCUCACUGAUUUCAUGUAAAAUCCAACGACUUACAGCGAAUGUUUAGCGAUCAUCCUCAGGGUUGAAGCAACGUACCCCUACUCUUCCUAAUCAAAGUGAUCAAAUUCUUCCCUCUGGACGCACUUUCAUCGUUUUCAGACCAAAUCUCUACCACUCGCGGCAAAAAUCAUGAUCACAACGCAAAGAAGUGCUACAGGAGGAGGGGGAUUGCAGAGCCCUAGAUCCCCAUCUUCUCAACCUCCGUAUCUAACUGUAUCUGUCACUGAUCCUGCUAAAAUGGGGAACGGUGUUCAAGCUUACAUAUCCUAUAAGGUCAUCACCAAGACAAAUUUCCCGGAUUAUCAGGGUCCAGAAAAGAUUGUCAUUAGACGUUACACUGAUUUUGUAUGGUUGCGCGACCGUCUCUUUGAGAAGUACAAGGGUAUCUUCAUUCCUCCACUUCCAGAGAAGAGCACUGUAGAGAAGUUUAGAUUCAGUGCUGAGUUCAUUGAGAUGAGGCGUCAAGCAUUGGAUACAUUUGUCAAUAGGAUUGCGAUGCAUCAUGAACUUCAGCAAAGUGAGGAUCUGCGAACCUUUUUGCAGGCUGAUGAACUGACAAUGGAAAGAGCAAGGUCACAAGAUACCGGAAUCUUCAAGAGGAAGCCGUCGGAUUUGAUGCAGAUAUUCAGGGAUGUCCAAUCUAAAGUGAGUGAUGUAGUUCUUGGGAAAGAAAAGCCAGUGGAAGAAACAAAUCCAGAGUAUGAGAAAUUGAAACGCUAUAUAUUUGAGCUUGAAGAUCACUUAGCUGAAGCCCAGAAGCAUGCAUAUCGUCUAGUAAAGAGACAUAGAGAGUUGGGGCAAUCUCUAGCAGAUUUUGGGAAGGCAAUCAAGCUCCUUGGUGCUUGUGAAGGAGAUGCUCUUGGGACUGCAUUCUCUGAGCUUGGAGCAAAAUCCGAGAUGCUAUCAAUCAAGCUACAAAGAGAAGCCCACCAUCUAUUAAUGAAUUUCGAAGAACCUCUGAAAGACUAUGUACGUGCUGUGCAAUCUAUCAAGGGGACAAUAGCAGAGAGGGCCAAUGCUUUUAGGCAGCAGGUUGAAUUGGCCGAGACGAUAAAGCUAAAGGAAAUUGAUCUCAACAAAUUCAGGCUAACUCGAUCGGAAAAGAUGUCAGAAGCGGAGCAUGAGUAUGAGGAGCUGAAAGCUGAUGGUGAGGAAGCAACCAAAAGAUUCGAGACGAUAGUGCGGCUAAUGAAUGAAGAAAUCGUGCGUUUCCAAGAUCAAAAAACACAAGAUAUGGGUCUGGCUUUCCAUGAAUUCGCAAAAGGGCAAGCACGUCUAGCAAAUGGUAUUGCUGACGCUUGGCGAAGUCUCCUUCCGAAACUUGAGGCUCUUUCUUCCUCAUAACCGAGCUUUAAACCCCAACACGUUCACCCAUCGAGAACGGUCUUUCCGUCGAGAUGACUGUUUUCUGUUUGCUUUCGUUGUCUGUAUUUUAACGUCCAACACAUUUGAAAUCUUCAUUUUAUUGGGUAGACUUUUUUGAAAAUUUUGCUGUUCAUUUUUCUAGAGAGAUGUAUUAGUAUUAGUAUCAGUAUCAACAUCAACAUCCAAUCUAAUUGUGUUGACAACUUUUUCUU